CUCCAAUUCGUCUUUAAUGUGAGGGGGCUCUGGCUCCUGUCGCUCAUUACGAAGAUCUUCAGUGAUGUCUGCAAGACACAAGAAGACAAACACACAAGAUUUCUGAUAAUGAGAUUUCCCAGCAUCACCUCGGAGUGUCGCCAAAGCACCAACAGCUGCAGAAACGUGCGUACGCCAGCCAUGCAGUUGGCGUGAGGAACCGCACAUUUCCACGCUCAUGUCACUCUUGAUACAUCGGAACUUUGCCGUGGAAAAGAACGGACGCCACGUUUUUGUACGUACGUACCUUUUUUUACAUGAGGCCCCUGGACUUUUCUUACUAAUGUGAUUUUUUUUUUAAAUAUUUUUUGAAAAAAUAUAUACUACUUGCAGUCAUGUAUGCAGAUUUCAAAUCAACUUACCUUUUUAAUGCAUCUCAAGAUUCGAAUGAACCUUGCUGGUUGCAAUCCUGGCAUAGUUUACUUUCUCUCAGAAGUGGACAAGUUGCGUUAUAACAGAGAGGUUAUUUAUUAUCAUGAUUUUAAAUCCGAAAGCAUUGAGGUCCCUGGAGGGCAAUUCUUGUGAGGCUUUUAUUUUGAAGGUGGCUUUCGCCGCUUGUUGGCGGUUUCUUACCUUGAUACAUAGUAUGAACAAAAUUAGGGGCGGCUGGCUUGACUUCAGUUGGCUCGAAUCGGGCCUGCCCCUUUAAAUAUUUCUGUCGUAAAGGAUCACGGGUAAUACAUCGCCUUUUCCUUCUGGCGAUGCGGGAGGAAGGGCGGUCGCGUUUCAGCAAGUCUUCCUGAAUUUGCACCGAAUGUUCCUCAUCCUCGACGCGGGACGCCCCGUGAUCACUACUUUAGUGGACUAAAACAUCAUUCGUGCAAUCUUCGUGUUCGGUCUCGUGCACGUUGAAGCUUCUCGGCCCAUCUUAUUUUUAGCCUAGCUUGCCAACAAAGAGACGCGUUUGUGAUCAAAACUUCGCUCAGCAGAGCUCAAGCGUGAGGGUCGCGGGCGUGCUGGAGCCCAUCCCAGCUGUCAUCGGGCAGGAGGCGGGGUACACCCGGAACUGGUUGCCAGCCAAUCGCAGCUAACACUAAAAUGUGGUUAAUAAAACAACACAAAAACUCAAUUCGAUAAACUUUGUUUGUCCGAGAGGCUGAAAUAAUGUCCUGUAACGAUUAUCGUUAUUAUUAAUCUGGCUUGUGAAUCCUUUUGUAUAAUGUCUAUCAUGUUUCAACACACAUUUCUUCUCCUGAAGUCACAAAUUAGCUGUCUUCUUUCUGUCUCAUGUUUCACAAAAUACAUAUUUUCACACUGUGCUGUUUUCUUGUUGAUUUUGGUGCUUUGCCAUUUUAACUAACGUACUGUUUAACCCGCAGUGUCCAAAUCUUAAUCAUGAUUUCACAUAUCUGAUUUGCACUUGCUUUUCUCAUCCCUCCAACCGAGGGCGGAAAGUGUUGUGGUCGUCGUGUGAAAAUGUGGGCAAGAAGGGAAGCAGAGUACGGGGAGGAACUUUGUGGACCAAAAGAGGAGAUGGAGCCACAACGUCAACGACUGGACGUUGUGUUCAAUCGGCAGCCUCCAACUGUGCUACACAGAGCAGACAAUGAAGAUCUUCUUACUCAGUGGCAGGAGCCAGAACCCCCUCACAUUAAAGAGGAAGAGGAGGAAGAAGUGCACCCCCACAUCAAAGAGGAGGAGGAUAUCACCAAGUUUCCAUCAACUGGUGACCCUUUGAAGAGUGAAGACGAAGCUCAAAGUGAGGAGAGCAGAGGGGCAGAGCCUCCAAGUAGCAGCUCAAGUCAACACAUGACAACAGAAGCUGAUGGAGACCACUGUGGAGGCUCACAAGCAGUCGGACUCUUAGCUCCACUAUCAGAUCGCGACAACACGAUGUCACACUCUUCUGACUAUGAUGAUGAUGAUAAACAGUCGGAAGGUGAUAUGACAUGUCACACUGACAAUAAACAAUGGAAAUGUCCUCAGUGUGGGAAAACAUUUGCUAAAACGAGUAAAUCGAAACACAUUAGAACACACACUGGUGAGAAGCCUUUUUCCUGCUCAGUUUGUUGUCAAAGAUUCUCAAGGAAGGAACACGUAAAAAGACACACAAGAACGCACACUGGUGAGAAGCCUUUUUCCUGCACAGUUUGUGGUCAAAGAUUCUCUGUGAAGGAAAGGCUAAAAUUACACACAAGAACCCACACUGUUGAGAAACCUUUUUCCUGCACAGAUUGUGGUCAAAGAUUCAGUCAGAAGGCACACUUAAAAAUACACACAAGAAUACACACUGGUGAGAAACCUUUUUCGUGCACAGUUUGUGGUCAAAGAUUCUCUGUGAAGGAAAGCUUAAAAUUACACACAAGAACCCACACUGGUGAGAAACCUUUUUCCUGCUCAGAAUGUGGCCAAAGAUUCACUUGGAAGGGAAACUUAAAAAUACACACAAGACUGCACACUGGUGAGAAACCUUUUUCCUGCACAGUUUGUGCUCAAAGAUUCUCUGUGAAGGAAAGGUUAAAAUUACACACAAGAACCCACACUGGUGAGAAACCUUUUUCCUGCUCAGUUUGUGGUCAGAGAUUCACUCAGAAGGGACACUUACAAAUACACACAAGAAUGCACACUGGUGAGAAACCUUUUUCCUGCACAGUUUGUGGUCAAAGAUUCUCUGUGAAGGAAAGCUUAAAAUUACACACAAGAACCCACACUGGUGAGAAACCCUUUUCCUGCACAGUUUGUGGUCAAAGAUUCUCUCUGAAAGAAAGCUUAAAAUCACACACAAGAACCCACACUGGUGAGAAACCUUUUCCCUGCUCAGUUUGUGGCCAAAGAUUCACUCGGGAUGUAUACUUAAAAAUACACACAAGAAUGCACACUGGUGAGAAACCUUUUUCCUGCUCAGUUUGUGGCCAGAGCUUCUCUUCUACGGAUCGGGUUACGACACACAAGUGUGCUUGUAAUAAGUGAUUCGUGCUCAAGAAGCUUUUCAUGUAAAUGUUUUAAAAAAACUAAUUACUAUGUUACUGACUUACAAAAAUCUACAUUUUUGGAUUCUGUGUACUAGCUUUUAUUGCAUCUUCUUGUCCAUCCAUUUUCUAAAAGCCUCCUGUGGGCUAAAAAUUAGCACGGGUGCCAAAAUACUUUCAAGGGACGAGUUAAAGGUGAGAACAUGGGCAAAUAUUCCACUGUUCUGAACUCAUAGAUGAUGUCUGCUGAAAAAAAAGCCCUCCAAAAUAGACUCGGUAGUCAUUGAAGAAUUGUUUUCUGAUGAAAUGUUUCAUUUUCAGCCAGAUUUUGCCCCACCCACUAUCAGAUCGUGACGACAUGAUGCCACAUUACAACACUGACGACGAUCAUGAUGAGAAAAAGUCCAAAGGUGAUAUGACAUGUCACACUGACAACAAAGUAUGUAAAAUGUUCUCAUUGUUGGAAAACGUUUGCUGUAAAAGCAAUUGACACAUGGGAAGACUCACUGGAGAGAAACCAUUUGGCUGUUCAGUUUUUGGUCAAACGUUCUCCACUAAGUAUCGGGUUAAUAAACAAGUGUGCUGGUGAGAAUCGCAGUGAUCAAGAAGCUUUCAUUGAAAAUGUAAAUGUUUAAUAUCAAAAGUAAUGACAAAAUCUAUAUUUGUGCAUUUUACCUACCAUGUUUAUCUUCGUGUUCUCUAUCUUUUCUAAAAGACUCCUCUGGACAAAUAUUAAGAAAUAGCACUGGUGCCAAAAUCCACAAAGUAAUGCAUGCCUUGUUUUCCAAUGAUUUAUUGAUGUCCAUGUCAAAUAAAUGAAUUAUUGAUUGAACUAUACUGUAAAGAAACAUUGACUUUUCGUGGUAAACUGUGAAGUGUACAGUACAUGUGAUCCAUAAUAAAAUGUAC